AGCCUUUUUACGCUUGGACUCAGAGCCCGGAAGUGGCGAGGACGGGGUUAGCGCUGCGGGGUGAAAUCGGCUAGCCAGAGAAGAUGCUGCUGGACCUGUCGGAGGAGCACAAGGAGCACCUGGCCUUCCUGCCGCAAGUGGACAGCGCGGUGGUCGCUGAGUUUGGGCGAAUUGCGGUGGAGUUCCUGAGGCGUGGCUCUAACCCCAAGAUCUACGAAGGCGCUGCGAGAAAACUCAGCGUGAGUAGUGACACUGUCCAACAUGGUGUGGAAGGAUUAAUACACCUCCUCACUGAAAGUUCAAAGCUCAUGAUUUCUGAACUGGAUUUCCAAGACUCGGUUUUUGUUCUUGGAUUCUCUGAGGAACUGAACAAAUUGUUGCUGCAGCUUUAUCUGGACAACAGAAAAGAGAUCAGAACUAUCUUGAGUGAACUGGCACCAGACCUUCCCAGUUACCACAGCCUUGAGUGGCGACUAGAUGUACAGGUAACUAGCGUCCGGACUCCUGAUGCACAGAUUACUUUUUUCUGCUCUUUAACUUUCUAUACAUGGAAUGAUUCAGUAAAUAUUCUUCUGUGUCUGCCACCUUUUUGUGAGAUUGAGUUGUUUUUAAAGCCACAUAAAUAACCAAAAGGGAUAUUUCAGACUAUCACGUGAAGCCCUUUCUCAAGCAGUGACAGAUAAGUUAGUUAAUAGAUGUUUGCUGAAUGCCAUCCACUCACUAAUCAGCUGUAAUCAGAGCUGUUCUGAAUGCUUUGGGACACAAAAGAAGUGUAAGACACUUUCUCAGCUGGAAAAGAUGUUAUCUGGUUAGGGAUGUUAGUGUCCUCAAAAUAACUAGUAAUUAAAGAUAGUUGUGAAAUAAGGUUCUGGAGGGGAAAAAAAGAAUAGAAUUGUAUAAAUGAAGGUACAGCUGAGUAUUUCAAAAAAGCUAUAUAGCUCAGGUAGUUCAGUGUACACUGGCAUGAUCCAGAAAAGCUUCAAGAAAAGGAGGUGAAAUUUCAGAAAAAUGAAUGGGUAGAGAAAACCAGGGUAAUAUUCUUGACAGAGGAGACAGCAUAAGUUGUAAAGGCCCACGUGGAUAUGGGAAUGAACAAAUGAAUAUGUGGGAUAGCUCCCUAGUUCCCAAACUUGGUUGCACACUGGAAUAACCCAGGGAACUUUAAAAAUUCUGAUGUCUGUGUUCUACCCUAGAGGUUCUGAUUUAUUGGUGUGGAGUUUGGCCUGGGUAUCAGGAUUUUUUAAAGCUACCCUGUCACCCAGGUAAUUCUAAUGUGCAAUAAAGUUUGUAAACUGCUGUAAUAGUGGAUUCUUCCUCAUUUGAAUGGCCCAGAUAGGUUAUAGAAAUUCAGUUAGAGUUUAGCAGUUAUAUCCCAGUGUGUAGAGUGCUUGAAUAUAUAUUAACACAGGAGAAAGUAUAAAUAGAUUAUAGGCUCCUUGAUGGUAAGUGCUGUGUCUUGUUCACUACUGUGUCUCCGACACAAUGCCUGACACAUAAUAGGCAUUCAGUACUGAAUAUAAGUAAGGAGAGGUGGUCAGCAGCUUCUUAACCGUGUUAUUUAUUAAAUAUUUCUUGUACACCUAUCAUGUGCCAAGUGGUGUGGCUACAGCAAAGAACUUGACACAGUUUAUGCUCUUGGAGACCUUAGAAGCAGCAGCUCCUGUGGGGCUCACGGGGAGGAAGAGAUCACUGUGGUUAUGCCUUUAUGUUUACGUCCUCUCAUAAUAACCAGGUGGAGGAGAUUUGGGAAUGGUCGUGUUCAUGAACUUCAGCACUAGUUUAUCUUGUAUCCCUCUCUUAUGUGGAGAUAGCUUCUGACUUUUGGGUUCCAGUAGCCCUUAGAGGUUCUUUUUUCGGCUCUCUUGAUUUGCUUUGAGUUUUUCCAUUAUUAAGACAUUUUUAGAAGUUAGAAACUUAGGCAAUUGAAAUUUCUAAAAUUAGACUCAAGAGAGUUCAUUUGCCCAGUAAAAUGAGUUUGAAUUGCUGUGUUACUGCAAGGACUAAUACAGUUUAAUGUUGAGGGUAUAUUGAAUGAAUAUUGCCAUGUGGUGAGGUGUAUUUAAGGGCUGAAAAAGCUACUCAGAGAACUAAUGGAUUUACUGAGCUCAAGGAAGGAAGGAAAAGAAGUCUUGUCAGAUGAAGACCAGAUAAAUGGCUAGGAAACUAGUAACAGGAUAUAGAACCUUUCAUUUUUGAGUAGCUGACUCAUCUCAUGGAGACUGGUAGCAAAUGGAUAGUUACCAGCUAAUUAUUGUGCAGUUGCUGAUGGGAAAUAAAUGAAUCAUCAUAGGUUAGUUUCUAAUAGAAGCAUUUCCCAUACUUCAUAAGUUGCCAGCACUUGUUAAAUAGCAUCAGUACAUUGAAUGCAUCUGAGACCGGUGCAGGAGCAUGUUACCUUUAGGGCUGAUCCUUUUAAAGUUGCUGCUGUUAUUUUUACAGGGAGAAGGAUAGAAUUUCAUCCCCAUUAAAAAAAUAAGUCCAUAUCAAGAACUUUGUGGAAAGAAAAACUUUGUGGGCUACUGUUCUUUAUCCUGUAGUACUGUCAUUCAGUACCUUUGAAUCACCCUCCCCAAAUUACAACCCCCUCCGAGCCCCGUAAGGGUAACUAUUAUCCUGAAUUCCUGAAUUUUCUGUUAAUCUUUUUUUUAUAGUUUUUUUAAUAUAUAUAUUUUCACUAGACUGUAUAGUCUUUAGAUUUUCAUGUAUUCUUCUGCAACUUGCUUUUUUUUUUUUUUGUCUUUUUUUAUUGUUGGCUGUGUUGGGGUCUUCAUUGCUGCACAUGGGCUUUCUCUAGUUGCGGCGAGUGGGGUCUACUCUUCCUUGCGGUGCUCAGGCAGCUUCUCUUGUUGUGGAGCAUGGGCUCCAGGCACGCGGGCUUCAGUAGCUGCGGCAUGCGGGCUCAACAGAUGUGGCUCAUGGGCUUAGUUGCUCCGCGGCAUGUGGGAUCUUCCCGGACCAGGGCUUGAAUCCGUGUCCCCUGCAUUGGCAGGUGGAUUCUUAACCACUGUGCCACCAGGGAAGCCCUGCAACUUGCUUUUUUGAUUGAACGUUUUCUUUUUAGAUUUAUUCAUGACAAUUCAUGUUGCUGUAGUUCACUUCUUUUUGCUGUCAUUUAGUAAACAUUUCACUGUAUGAAUAUUCUCAAUUUAUCCAUUCUAUUGUUAAAGAAUAUUUGAGAUUUGUCUAGUUUUGGACUCUUAGAAGCAAAUACUAUUAUGAAUAUGUAUAUAUGUGUAAGAGUUUAAGGUAAAUACCUAGGAGUGGAAUUGCUGGUCAUGUAUACGUUUUCCAAAGUGAUUCUGUCAUCACUCUCACCAGCAGUGGAUGAGAGUUUUCAUUACCAUCACCUUACAGUGCUCUGUAUGGACAGGUUUCUAAUUCUUGCAAGUCAGAUAAACAGUAUCUUACGAUUUUAUUGGCCAUUUUACUGAUUUGUAAUAAAGUUGAACAUAUUUCCUAUGUUUAUUUGUGUUACUUCUGCAGAGUGCUUAGAUAGGUCUCUGUACAAUUUUUUCUUGGUUUUGUGGGGUUUGUAUUAAAUCAGAGCAGUUCUUCGUACAUUCUUUUUUUUUUUUGUGGUACGCGGGCCUCUCACUGUUGUGGCCUCUCCCGUUGC